GCUGAAAGAUGAUUUUUUAUUAGUGAAGUUUAACUUUUUUAAAAAUGCAUUUUACAAACUAAACACAAUAAUACAACAAGUAGGUUAUAGUUGGCGAUUUGUGUAGCUUUUUAUGAGGAUUUAUAUUUUUAGAUCAUCAAACUGUGCAAAUAGAUUCCACCUGAGACAAACUGGAGCUCCACAUGUGAAGAAGUCAGAGACUCAUGUUGGACCUCCUAUUGGCUGUGACGCAGAGCGCGUCCUGUCCGGCGCGCUGCUGCUUCAGUCCUCCAGCUGGCACUCCGGCAGCUCUGCGCCUCCAGCCUCCAGCGCGCCCUCCGUCCCCCCCUCUCCCGUGACCCGCCGUCCCGUCAGUGGGGACCUCCAGGGCUGCCCUCAGGUGAACACAGAGCUCACAUCCAGCCAGCCGGAGCAGGGGGAUGACUGGGAGAAGUUGGGUUGUCCAGGAAAACCGGCGGUUCUGACGGUGCUGAUCCAAGAGGCGCGCGGUCCUCCUCAAACAAUAUGAUGUCUGCUAUAGAGACCGGCGUGUACCAGCCUGCACAGCUGCUCAGCUGGGUCUACAUGUCCCUGCAAGACACGCCGAGCAGCGCUUUCGAUGGCUUCAAAGUGGAGUCGGACUCUUCUCCUCAGGACGUGAGCAGCUCCAAGCGCAGCGCAGCUGAUCUGAGCUCCAACAACUAUCUCAACAACUUCUUCCAUCUGAGCAGUGAGGCCUUGAACAACAAUUUCUACAAGAGGUCCUCCCCCUACGGAUCCCUCAACAACAUCGUGGAUGGCCUGAGCUCCCUGGCGGACCACUUCUCGGACCUCUCCCUGUCCCCCGAGACACGCAAACCCAGCAAAAGGCCGCCACCCAACUACCUGUGCCACCUUUGCUUCAACAAAGGCCACUACAUCAAAGACUGCCCUCAGGCUCGGCCCAAAGGCGAAGGCCUGACCCCGUAUCAGGGAAAGAAGAGGUGCUUCGGUGAAUAUAAAUGCCCCAAAUGCAAAAGGAAGUGGAUGAGCGGGAACUCCUGGGCCAACAUGGGACAAGAAUGUAUCAAGUGCCACAUCAACGUUUACCCUCACAAGCAGAGACCUCUGGAAAAGCCCGACGGACUGGACGUGUCCGACCAGAGCAAAGAACAUCCACAACACCUGUGUGAAAAAUGCAAAGUCCUCGGCUACUACUGCCGCCGUGUGCAAUAACACGCCGCGCCGGCCUUAAACACUCCUCAGAAGUCUGGUCAAGAAGGGACGGUUAUACUGUAGUUACUAAAACAAGAUGAUAAUAAGUCGUAGUUGUAAUGGAAAGCAUCUAACGGUUUACUCUGACACUGUGACUCUCAGCAUAAGAGGCAGAACGUUUCUACAAUAUGUCUCAGUGGAGAACUGAUUAGAUUUUUUACACUUGCUGGGUUCUUGUUAGUCGCUCAGUUAUCAUCAUGUGAACUUUCAUUCUACGUCUUAACGAUGAACCGACUGUGAAUUAAGAAGCUCCGCGUCCGUCUUCUCUCAACAUGUUGGAACUCAACAGAUGAAGAUUCUCUUUUACAUGUUUGUAUAUUUCAGAAAUAACUUAAAUGAACUGUUUUUUUUUUUGUUUUCUGUAUAAAAUAUGCAAGACUUUACUAAGGAGCAGUAUUAAUGUGUAUCUGCAUUAUUCUCUGUAUUAUCAGUUCUGGUGGGUACAUCACUUUGAAUAUAUUUUUAAGCCAUACUGUUCUGUUGAAUAUUAUACGUUGUGAAGGAAUAUAUUAGCCAACUAACAUGUAGUCUUUAUAUACCAUGUGCUUCAGUUUGUUGUGAUUCAUUCCCAAGUUUUUAAACUUUACGGUGGAGACAUUUUAUUUUCUAAUAGAGGAAAUUACAGCAGUUCUGUUUUGGCACCCGGUGCUAAAAAAAACUCACCAAAGUGCUUUUUUUAUGGGUCAUGAUGUCUCAUAUGUAACAUGAGACAAAAAAAUAACAGGAUAAACACAUGAAUGUACCGAGGACAGUGAAGGAUGGAGGGUGUGAGGCUGUUUUUCACUGGAGCUGUGACAGAAACACCUUCUGAGCAGUGAAACGCCGUUUAAUGUGCCUUAACCUGAGUAACCCAUGAGAUGGAUCCCUUUCUCCUGUAAUGUUUUUGCAUUAAAAUGUAUUUAAACAUG